CCUCCACUAUGAGGAGGUCUGAGGGGGUCUUCCUAGUGUGUCCUGUGGUGUGCAGUGAAUUCCCUUCUCUUUUCCCCUCUAGGAUGUGAGAAGCACCUUGCAGAGGUAUGAGAAAAGAGAGAGUCCAGAGAAGCCACUGGCUUUCCCUCCAGAGCUGAAGAACAGGAUCUUGGAAUCCUGUGAUCUGAAUUACCUUGUGGAGGAUACAAUGAAACAUUGGAAAGAUGCUCUGCUAUUCAGAAAACAGAUUCAGAAAGAUGUUCAGUCAUUCAGAAAUCUUCAGAGAGCAAAUGUGACACUGGAUCCAGACACGGCCCAUCCUGAACUCAUCCUGUCCAGGGAUCGGAAAACCGUGAGAAUGGGAGACAAAAACCAAGACCUGCCUGACAAUCCUGAGAGAUUCAACAGCCGGCCUUGUGUGUUGGGAUGUGAGGGAUUCACAGCAGGCAGACAUUUCUGGGAAGUCACUGUGGGAAGUGGGGAAAGAUGGACUUUGGGGGUUGCCAGGAAGUCUGUGAGGAGAAAGGGCUGCUUCCCCUUAAGGCCUAAGAGAGGGAUCUGGGUUGUGGGGAAGUUUGGAGACAAGUACUGGGCCUGCACCUCCCCUUAUUCCUCUCUGCCCCUGAGGGAGAAGCCCAGGAGGAUCCGGGUGACUCUGGACUAUGAAGGGGGACGUGUGUCUUUUUCUGACGCUGACUCAGGAGCCGAACUCUACACGUUCUCAGGAGCCUCGUUCUCUGGAGAGACCCUCCUCCCUUUCUUUCUUCUGUGGGGAAGUGAAACUUACCUCAGUAUCUCCUGAGGAGACUAAAUCUGCCUCUCAGGCCCAGCAGGAGUUUCUCUCCAG